AUGCCAAAUUAUAAUAGCAUAUUGAAUCUAGCGAACGAUAGGCUGAUGGACAUUUUCAAUGAUAGGAAUGAGAAUAGAUCAAUUGAUCUGAGGAAGCUAUUGGGACAUUCACAAAUUCUUGAUAAAGUUUCGAAUUAUAUAGACUCAAUUAGUUUUCAGAAUCAGUACAAAUUUGAAGAAUCUGAUGAUGGUGUCGAGUAUAUUGAGAAUAGAAUGUACAAAGCGUUGUCUGGUGAUUCUGAUUCUGAUUCUGAUUCUGAUUCUGAUUCUGAUUCAGGAAGCGAUAAUUGUUCACAGAGUGAUGAUGAAGAUACGGAUAAGGCAUUCGAGCAUGCUAUAUAUUCGCCAAAUAGCAAUCCUGAAUUUGUUAUACCGAAACUUCCAGAAAGUACAAAUAAUUUAGGUACAAUACCUACUUUCAGUUCGAUCAGGAAACCUCGCACAAGUUAUGUUAUAUAG